AAGUUCGGGAGCCUCGAGGGCGGCUGCAGCCGAACGGCCAGUGGGUGCUCGGCCGGGCCCGGGGCGCGGCUACACCUCGGGGCGUGCUGGGGGCCGGAAAGGGGCUCUGGAGUUCAGUCCCUCCCCUUUUCCCUCUGGGUCUGGGAACCCUCGGGCGCUCAGACCCUCCUCCUCCCAGGUACGGGCGGGGAGCGGAGCGCGCGCCUCUCCUCCGGGGGAGCUCGCUCUCCACCAUGGGCAACGUCUCCAAUGCCUCCCGGCUGGACGAGGACUGCGAGAGUCGACAGCGGCUCCCCUCGGGCGAGAGCCCCGCCAUCAGCGCCGUGAUGUUCUCGGCUGGGGUGCUGGGGAACUUGGUUGCGCUGGCGUUGCUGGCACGCCGCAGGCGAGGGGUCCCGGGGCGCAGCGCCGGCGGCCGGAACCCCAUCUCCUUGUUCCACGUGCUGGUGACCGAGCUGGUGCUCACCGAUCUCCUGGGGACCUGCCUUAUCAGCCCCGUGGUGCUGGUUUCGUACGCGCGGAACCAGACGUUGGUGGCCUUGGCGCCCGAGAGCCGCGUGUGCACCUACUUCGCCUUCACCAUGACCUUCUUCAGCCUGGCCACGAUGCUCAUGCUCUUCGCCAUGGCCUUGGAGCGCUACCUCGCCAUCGGCCACCCCUACUUCUACCAGCGCCGCUUCUCGCGCCGCGGGGGCCUGGCCGUGCUGCCCGCCAUCUACGCCGUGUCGCUGCUCUUCUGCUCCUUGCCGCUGCUCCGCUACGGUGAGUACGUCCAGUACUGCCCCGGGACGUGGUGCUUCAUCCGGCACGGGCGCACCGCUUACCUGCAGCUCUACGCCACCGUGCUGCUGCUGCUCAUCGUGGCGGUGCUGGCCUGCAACUUCAGUGUCAUCCUCAACCUCGUCCGCAUGCACCGCCGUGGGAAGAGGAGUCGCUGCGGGCCCUCGGGGGGCAGCGCGCGGGGUGGCCCCGGGCCGCGCCGGAGAGGGGACAGGACAUCCAUGGCGGAGGAAGCGGACCACCUUAUCCUCCUGGCCAUUAUGACCAUCACCUUCGCCAUCUGCUCCUUGCCUUUCACAAUUUUUGCAUAUAUGAAUGAAACCUCUUCCCGAAAGGAAAAAUGGGACCUCCAAGCUCUUAGAUUUUUAUCCAUUAAUUCCAUAAUUGACCCUUGGGUCUUUGCUAUUCUCAGGCCUCCUGUCCUGAGACUCAUGCGUUCAGUCCUCUGUUGCCGAACUUCAUUAAGAACCCAAGAUGCACCACAAACUUCCUGUUCCACUCAGUCAAAUGUCAGUAAACAGGCUGACCUUUGCGGGCAGUUGUGAGGACGAGCCUCAUUAGCUUGCAUCUGGGAGAUCCUUCUGAAAUGGUCCCUUGGAGAAAUGUUAAAAAGUCCAGUGUGUAAACAAAAUGAAACUACCCUAAUAAAACAGAGUAAACAAACAUUUAUGCAGCAGUUUGGGCAACAGACAGCCUGACAGUGUACUUCAUGGAAGGUGUCAGAAGGAUCUAUAAAACCUAGCCCUGGCAAACCUGUUACAGAGCCUGAGGAGAAGCAAGCAGCGACAUCUAAGACCUAGUCACCUGUUGAUUUAAACUUUCCUUGUCCACUGACCAAGCAUGUGGUUUCGUAAUUUGUUUAAAACUCUUUUCUGUUUUGCAUCUUCCAUGCUGCUGUAGUUCUAUACAUGCAGUCUAACAUCCCGCCAAAGGAAAACUUCCUAUGGAUUUUUCUAGAAAGGUGAUUUGCAGAAACAAUGAAACAACCAAGACAGACAAGCAGCUGUCAAGUGGUUGCUUGGAGGGAUCCUCUAUGUGGACCAUGAAAUUGGAGGUCAUUUGGCUAUGAUGUUUGUGAUGGGUGCACUCUAGCCACUACAGAAUGGCACCACCUAGGUUGCAUUUGGCUGUUUGUGUCAGUGCUUCCCUCAUCCUUCAGUAGUUCUGUGUUAAAUGUUAUUUAUUUUAUGAUAUCUAUUGUGCUAAUGUUGAAGAUUUUUCCUCUUGAAAAGAGCUAAUAAAAGGUUGUUAAAUUAA